GUGGUGACUGUGUGUGUAUAUGAAUGUUCAACUGUGUAAAGUACCUUAGACCUAAGAAAAAUACCGCUGAAAAAUGCACAUGCAACGUGGACCGUUCAAAGACCAGUCCCAAUAAGUGUUCUAAAAUUAAGUACCUCUAUUAUGUCUCCACUGACACUUACCACCCCCGCUCACUUUCAGAAUUUUUAUGGGCUUUUUUUGCGGCAGAACUCUCGCGACACGCUGCGAGAGUUCCCGGGUAUCCGGUCAAGGAGACGGUGGCGGCGGCGGCCCCCGGCGAGAGCAGCCCGGGAAGGAAAGCGCGGCCCGGACGGAAACAGUUUUUUGUGUUCAACAUAACACAAGCAACACAAUCUGAUGCUGUUCUGAGAAACUGGGAUUUGUUUUUUCCUCGUUUUGAAGAAAGAAAGAAAAUUCCACAGGAGUUGUGGACAGCAAACAGGAAACCGCUUCAUUUGAUGAUUCGGUGCAUGCACCACGGUAUUUGCGCAUGCCCAGUAGCCCCCCAAAUGGAAAUCCAAUAAGCGAAGGCCCUUUCACGCUACAGAUGCCGUUGGUGGUGCUGUGUGGGCUGCCGGGGAGCGGCAAGAGCCAGCGCGCUGAAGAGCUGAGGGCUGCGCUGGGUGCCGAGGCCGGCAAAGAACGGCGGGUCUUCGUGGUCGCUGAGGCAGAACCCGUGGGGGUCGGCGGUGGGGGCAGGGCUGCCUUGCGGGCAGAGGUGGAGCGGUAUCUGAGCCCGCGCGAUGUGGUGGUGGUUGAUGCGGGCAAUGAGCUGAAGAGCUUCCGCUAUGAGCUCUAUUGCCUCAGCAAGCAUGCGGGGACCCCCCACUGCCUGGUGCUGUGUCUCGGAGGGGCUGCUUGUGCAGACCGACCCCCGCUGGAAGUGCCGGACUCGCGCAACCGCUGGGACUGGCCCCUUUUCACAGCGCCCGAGGACUUGGCUGAACCGCUGCCUCUGCCAGAUAUUUGUGCCGCCCUCUUUGAGCGCCGCCCGCCUCCCCGCAACCAGUCCACGCGCUCCCAACCCCUCCAGGCUGCCGGCUUCCUUCACCAACUCGACCGCCUCACCCAGGACGUGCUGGCUGCCCUCAUGGCUGCUCAGAGGAAUGGGGUCCAGCCCGGGCAAUUUGUGCCGGUGGCCGUGGACGGGCUAGGCCAAGCGCCUCAAGGAUUGCUGCUGAACAGACCCGUCAGCCUGGCUGAGCUAAGCCGGCUCCGCAGGCAGUUUCUCAGCUAUGCCAAAAUGCAUCCGGGGGAAGGCGAGCAGAAUCUGCCCCAGCUGGGAAGCAUGUUCCUUCAGUACCUGAGCCGCAACCUGCAGUGAGAGGCUGGAACCUUCGACCUGGAAAUGAAUGGACUGGGCAGGCUCUUCUUGGCCAGCCUCUUAUAAUGGCCAGCGCUUGGGCUGAUGGGGAGCUGGGAACUUUUCACUCGAGUGUGUGGGCAAGUAUAAUCUUUGCGGUUGUAUCCCAGAGGAUAUGGAUCUGUUAAUGGAAAGGCUCCUGAUCAGUUAUCCUGCUGUCUGUCUGUUUGCAAUGAGAUGCCUAGUAGAAGGAAAGAAACUUCUGUGUUAUGCAAACAAAGAAGUUGCAUGAAAUAGGACUUGCCCUCGGAUGGCAGCUACAGCAAUAUGAACUUUAGUGCUUGGGUGUCCAGAAGACAAGAGCUUCUUUGAGCAGCAAAUAGACACAUCUGUUUGAACAAUAUAGUUCCAGAACUAAGUUGCAGUCAUCCAUCACGGACUGUUUUGGGGCAAGGAGGGAGGUGGCAGUUGAUGGGUAUUUUCAAUGGAUGCACCUUGCUGAAUGAAGUUUGCAGUUUUCCUCUGUCAGCUUUUCUGCACCACUGAAUAAAGCCAUUUAAAUAGA